GGGAAAGAUGCUGCGAAAGCAACUAGAAAGGCACCCAUUGGUUCAUGAGAGAGGGCGGGAGGGCAACCCGGAAAGUUCCCCCUCCACUGUGAAGGCCAACGAGCUCUUCAUUUCCGAUUUGGCCAGCAAAGCGCGAAGUCUCGACGGGGAUCAGGCCAGGAUGGCGGUGUCCGGGACACUGGCCGUCACGGUCCAUCGACUCGAGGCUGCCGAAGGUGGCGAUCCGGGAGGAAAGCUCAGCAUACGACUGGCUGUGGGCGACAACGAGCGCCACACGCAGUUCGUGUCGGUCAACGAUGAGAUCGACGAAACUCUGCACUACAACGUGCAGCGCACGGCAGAGUCUGAGGAAGUUACGAUUGAAGUGCUCCAGCAAGAUCAGACGAAGCCCCUGGUGUCUACGAAGCGGACUCUGCGCGAGUUCAUGAAGGGCAUCCAGAACAGGCAGCUAACGUUCACGUUUGGCUCCGUUUCGUCGCCCAAGACGAUGCAUCUGAUCUUCAGCGCCGACUGGACGUCUUCCAAACACGAGGAGAAGUCGCUGGCGCCGGCAGAAACACACCGGCCGUGGUUCAUGCGCGCGUCGUACUACUACGAGACGACCAAGCACGUGUACGACUACACGACGAGUUUCAGCGUGGUUAAGCCGUUUGCUCGUCUGGGUGAAGCCACUGUCAACACGGUGUUGGCCACAGUAACGGGCAAGACUUUAUUCGACGUGGAUCAAUCGCUAGUCGUGCCUGUUCUCGACUCCGUGGACAACAAGGUGGAUGCAACGAUCUCCGUGGCCUUCACGAAGCUCUACGAGGGCCAGCAAUUCGCUGUCAAGACCAAGAACAAGGCCGUUAACGCAGUGUCUAACGUCGCCCACAAGACUGGCAACACGGCCGUGCGAGCCACCAACUACACGGCGCACAAGGUGUCGUCUACCACUGGUGCAGUGUACGGCGGCAUUACCGGUGCGGCAGACUACGCGAGUUCCCAAGUGAAACACGCGUCGUCUUCUACGUACGGAGCCGUGCGGGGUGUGACGUAUUCAGUUGCGAGCUAUAUACCUAUACUCGGGCCCAAAAUACGGGCUUGAGGUGGGGAGCCGACUGCAGGUCACCCCACCGGUAACGGGAACGAAGUGAGCGCUGCUCACUGCUCGCGUCGAUGUGCAUGCGGUGGAUAUCAAGAAAAAAAACUCAAGAAAAAAUAAAGUGACGGGACAAGAAAAAAAAAGUAUAAACGGCGUACGGUGAGGCGUACAAGUCCGUGGGGAGGACUAGGGAGCAUGACGACGCAGCGGUGUAGCGGGCCACGAACAAGAUUUAAAUAUGUGUGCUACGUGGACAAGACCUCCAAGCAUGACGCCGGCUUCUUGUAUGAGGAAGUACUGAUUGCGAGUGCUUUGGACCGCGAGGGAAUGAGGGAGAUUAACCGCGGGAUCGAUUCCGACAGAAAGGGACCAAAAAACAAUUUUAUGAAAACGGGGUCCACGUAGAGAGAAGGCAAUGAGUAUAAAUUGUUUUUUCACCUUGAAC